CCCAUCUCUCUAUCUAUACAUCUUUUUCUACAUCUAUAUCUCUCUCUCUCUCUAUAUAUAUAUACACACCUGGCAGUGCCACCGUCCCACUCCCAUUUUCAUCAGACUCCCCCUAGCUUCUCCAUCCUCUCUCUAGAACCCUCCAUCCUCUCUCUAGAACUAUCUCUCUCUCUCUCUCCCACAACAACUGAAUAUCCCUCUUCUUCCUUUCCUUCUUGCAAAGACAUAUCCUAAGAUCUGUAAUCCAUCAUGGGUAUUUCUAUGGUGUGUAUGACACUGCUGUUCUACACCUGGAUCAGCUCUACAGAUGCAAACUUCUGUGUGUGCAACAAUGGGCUAAGCGACAGUGUUCUUCAGAAGAACAUAGACUAUGCUUGUGGGCAUGGAGCAGAUUGCUCUGCCAUCCAGCCUAAUGCAGUGUGUUACAAUCCCAACACUGUCAAGGACCAUUGCAGCUAUGCUGUCAACAGUUAUUACCAGAAAAAGGCCCAGGCUCCCGGCAGCUGUGACUUCCAGGGCACUGCCACUGUCUCCCCAAAUCCCCCUAGUGCUGGCUCUGGAUGUACGUUUCAGUCUACUCCCAGUGCUGGAGGCACCACAACUCCUCCAAGCACCGGGGGCACAAUCACCCCCCCUACCAGUGGGGGCACUACACCGAUGACACCAAGCACCGGUGGUGCAGUUGCACCGCCUACAAGUGGAGGAACCACGCCGACUACUCCAAACACUGGUGGGAUGCUUGCACCACCCACCAGCCCGAGCACCGGAGGAACUUCAACCACUCCAACUACAGGCGGCACAACCUCGCCAACAACCAGCCCGACUUUCGGUGGAUCCUCCACCCCAGGUGUCUUUCCGGGCACUAGUACAGGUAUUCCAACGAGCAGUCCAUUUGGGGGCACAGACAGCAGUGCUAGUGUGAAACUGUGCACUAGCAGUGCCACCGUGGCUCUUGCAGGUCUGUCUAUACCUCUCAUACUUUAUGAGUUGAUCCAUCCUAGAAUGUAAGAGUGGACUUUCUGGAGGGAUAACUAGAUUUGGUGCUAGAAAUGAGAGGAUUCAUCACAUGAUUUAGUAAUUCAUCUUUGAUAUAAUUCACCCUUGGUUUUGGGGCCAUAUAAUUUUGUUCUUUUGGGGGACAAGAUUCGGUUAUUAGGGUCCCUUUUGCUAUGUGCAUUUAGAUGUUAUAUGUGAAGGGGGUGAGUGUUACACUUUUAUGCUGUAAUGCUUAUUACAGGUAUUGUUAUUAAUUCCAUUACUUAUUUGUCUGUUUAA